AUGAAAGUAAACGGUCAAUCGAUGUUCUCAAUGGUUGCUGAUCCUGUUGUAUCGGUUGAUGAAUCACACGUCCUAUACGACACCUUCGCUACGUUCACGGAAGACACGACCGUCCACAACUAUACGUUUGUCAACGGCACCGCGUACUACUCUAGCAACGAUCUGAACAACUCCACUGCUCCCGCUACAAUCGAGUGCCUGGACCCAGAACUCGAUCAUCUCCCGUCGAUCAACACUAUUGUGGAUGCGAUUAACCUAGCGAUACCGAUUUCACGUGGUCCCAGUGGUGUGGUAUGCUCGAGUGAGAACCUGUUUAAAAUUGUCGUGAACGAUAUCGACUUCGCACUAUGCGCGUCUGGACUGUCGGAAUUUACGAUGUACGGUAGUGACAUGGAUAUCACAGUAGAAUACGUCGAAACGCGACUGAGUAUCUCGUCACCUAUGGUAAUGAACGAUGAGUUACCUGGUUGUGUGAAUUCAAUGUCACCAAGUAUAGUAACCUCGACUGGAAAAUCGGUGUUGACAGGUAAACCUGUAUCGACUGGGGGUUCGAGGAGACUUAAAGCCGAGUUUGAUUUUACGUGGGGAGAUGAUUCUACGUGCCCGUGUAAAUCAACGCCAAGACCGUGCAUCUUUAUUCACGGUAUGGGCGUUCCUCGCGAAUUACCCGAAAAUCAAGACUCAUUGAGUUAUUGGGGAAACAUAACUGGCCACACGCCAUGUUGCACAACAGUGAAGUACGCGGUACUCGAUACAAUAAACAACACGUGGACAAACAAUACCCAACAGUAUAAGGUUUGCGAUCGCGCUCUUGCUGUCAGUAAAACUAGCAAAGACACCGUUAUUUCGGACACUAUCAUCGUCUCACAUUCGAUGGGGAAUCUCAUGUUGGCUGGAGCGAUCGCAUCGGGCAAAUGCAGUCUGGAUUCUAGCACGACGUGGGUGGGUAUUGCAGCACCAAUGAAAGGGAGUAAAGCGUCCGACUUUAUCCAAGAAUCUUGUGCUGGAAAAACCAACUUUAUCUUGGAAAAAAUGGCAAACGAUAAUGGACGAUGUCCACCCACAACAGCGUUAAAAUCUAUGCCAUUCGAGGGCGAGAACUACAGCACGCCAGCGAUCAAUAAGGCCUUCGCAGCAGCACAAAAGGCGUUCCAAUCCAACGUGUCUGCGUUGAUGUGCAGCUCGAGUUUUUGGGGACUUCGAUCAUCUGACCAGACGACACUAUGGGCACUUGGAAUGCUUGGACAACAUCACUCGUGGAAAAAUGACGGCAUGGUUGAAUUUCAGAGUUGUUCAGUCGGAUUUCCAGAGUCAAAGUUUGGCAGAACCUGGAAGGAUCGAUUUUACAGGACAAAGCUGAAUCAUUACGAUAUGCAGUUCAAACAUGGAGAUGGAUGGUUCAGUAAGGCGAAGAUGCCUGUAAAAUGGCUCGAGUGUUUGUUGUAA